AUGGCCAAAGGACAGACGCAGAAACAAUUUUUCUCCCCGAUUUCACGGUGCGAUCAGUCUUAUGGGACGUUUUUUUCUCGCACUCCUUUACAAACAGCCCUACCCAAUGGAGCUAUAGUUCAUCCUGCCCUCCUUUCGUCUACAAGCGCCGCCAAAGUUGGUAAAAGCAGAGAGGGUAGCCGCUGCAGCCGUACACGGACCGUACCGUUCGAAUACAAAAUGGGAGUCCUACCGAGAGUUUUGUUGGUUAUUGGCAUCAGCAUCACUCUCUCUUCCUCGCGGGCACCAAUUGCAGCGGCGGGGACUGAACUUUCUAAGACGAGCGCGCAAACGUGUGACAACACUGGUGGAGUAACGGUUCAGUUUCCGGAAGCAGGACGGAGCGUCCAGUUCAAGUGCGGUUCCCCAUUCGACACCUUGGUUCCUUCAGAUCCCCUAUACGUAUUCGUGGCGGCCGCAGCCCCCCAAGGUCGUAACCACCUUGGUUUAAAAGGAGAGCAGGAAGUAGCAGAGGACAUCACCGUCGCGGGGCACACCAAAAAGCUCCUUCGCGAUUUGUACAAAGACGCCACCCUUGAUCAUGGCAGUGGGAACGACUCAGGUUACACUCUUCAGAUACCCGACACCUCCCGCACAGAAGAAGGAAAAACCUUAAAGUAUUUUUGCAAGCGAGGCGGGAAGUCCGUGUUGGAUGUCGCAAAGGACGCCUGUCCUGUUACGAUUCGAAUUCCGGCAAAGAAGCAGGAACCCGGUACCGACGAUUCGUCUGAAGAUGACCCGCAACAGCCAGAGAACGUCCUUACUUGCACAGCCGAGAGUGGGAAACAGAAAGCCACCGUUUCCAAGGCGAAUCAAACUGUUCAGUUCAGCUGCGAUCCACCAGCGACAUCCACUCUGACACCAGAAGCCGCACUCAAGGUUUUUGACAACAAAGAUGGCGCCUGCACUAAAGAAGUCGAUCUUUCAACACUUGUUCCCCAGGCAAGGCGCUCCGAGAGGGAAGGAAACGGCGUAUACACGGUGACCUUUCCCCAGCUACCGUCCGAAAAGCAAGCUCUCUGUUACUCUUGUAGUACUACAGGCGGUUCCGGCUCUCUGCGCACGGCGGCAUGCCAGAUCCAUAUUGACGUAUCAGCAGCAACCGCCGUGUCGACAACGACGCACACGACUUCAAAUGCGACCUCACGUGUGCAUGCAGCCAUUAGCCAGGCUGUAGUUGGAAUCCUUUUCGUUAGCGUUGCCGGUAUUGCGUGCCUUUCUUGA